GUGUCACUUUAAGAACGUCGGUGAUCACGUGUGCAGUGCUUUUCACACACACACAAAAAAAGUUUGACAUAAAUUUCGAAAAUUAUUUUGUAAUUGUCUAAGUGUUUAAUACUGUCCGAGAAAUAAACUUGGAUAGUGGUACGAUGGACGGGAUAUCCCAGAAAAUUCUGACUUCAGGAUUUGCUCUUGACCUGGGGCCCUUGAAAGAGCCCUUGGCAUUUAUUAGAGUGCUCGAAUGGGUCUUCUCCAUAUUUGCCUUCGCUACAACGUCGGGUUAUGCCGGCUCUACGAGCGUCAACGUGCUGUGCCAGGGAAGCAGAAGCCAAGAAAUCACUGCUGACUUUAACUACCCAUUCAGACUCAUGGCUCACCCAUACACUGUCCCCUCCUGUAAGAACGACUCCAGCACAAUCCAGACCUAUCUGACCGGCGACUACUCGUCUUCAGCCGAGUUCUUCGUCUGUAUCGGGGUGUUUGCCUUCCUCUACAGCACCGCCAGCCUGGUGAUCUACCUGGGCUACCAGCACGUCUACAGGCAGACCAGCCGCGGCCCCAUUGUGGACCUGCUGGUGACCGCAGCCUUCACCUUGCUUUGGCUGGUGUCCUCCUCUACCUGGGGUAAAGGCUUGACUGACGUGAAGUGGGCGACCAGCCCCUCGAACCUGGUAGGCUUAAUCUCCACCUGCAAGGACGUCGGUAACAAGUGCACACCAGGAGCAGUGCCUCACAUGGGACGACUCAACUCCUCUGUGAUCUUUGGAUUCCUCAAUCUGAUAUUAUGGGGUGGUAACUGCUGGUUCAUCUUCAAGGAAACAUCUUUCCACAAGUCAGCCAACCCUCCUGCGGACGUAGAAGACGGUUCAGGGGUCAGGCCCAUGCCGUCCUAACUGGGCAGUUCUCUGCUGUCAACGGCUGUGUUCCAGACUGCCUGCAAUGCAGCCACACUGCAUAAAUUAACCAAUCUUUUGGGGAGAAUCUUAACUUCCACUCAAAUUGUCACAUAGUCAUGCAUCGACGCCAAUAGGAGACAAUGUGACAUUGUGGAAGUUAGGAUUUUCCUCUCUUAUGUGAUUUCUGACUUGUUAAACGCGUAUCCAGGCGUUUUGAGAUGUGUGACUGAUUUGCAGAUGACCUGGAACAGGGUUGAAGUUCCCUCCAACCAAGUAGUUCCUGUACUUUUUUUUUCUCCCCAAAUUAUUUGUAAAUUGGUUCGAAUGCUCUGCUUAGAAAUGUCUUCCGUAAACUUACUCACAGUUUCGUUCAUGCAUUGGCACAUGUAUUAAUCAAAAGCUUUCAAAGUUGUGCAUUUUAGGUUCUUUAAAUGGGUACAGAACGGAAUCCAGCAAAUAUGGAAGGAGACAUUUUGGGGAGGGGGGGGGGGGGUUUAAGUCAUAACUAGUCAUGCAGUUAACUCUUUACUUAACGGUAUAACUAACUAACUAACCCAAUGCAACAAUCAAAUCACUUUAUUAUAAUGUCUCUGAUUAUUUCAUUCUUGUUACUUUGUGGAUAGUUUUGUGUUUUUUUAAUGUGUAUUAAAAAACAAGGGCUUAUUACAACAAGGGCUUAUUACAACAAGGGCGUUGCUCGUUAUUUCCCACGUAAAAGAAACAAAGCAGAAAUAGUUACGGACAUCUAUGUGACGCCAUGAUCAAUUCUACAGUACUUUCCAUGUCAUGUUUCGAAAUGUGCCUUUUUUUCUUUCUUUGUGCCAGAAGGUUUGUAAAAUUGAAUGUGUUUUUAAAUUAACAAGUUGGAGUUUUUUGUAUGGGGGAGGAAAGCCAGCAAAGUCCUGUUUUCACUUUGUCAUACCUUUUUGGUCACAAACAUUUUUCAACUCUUGUUGUUCAAAUACAUUUUAAAAGAUGUACUGAUUGAUAUGUUCUGUAUUUCCUUGGGUCUCUUCUACCUCAGUUUUGUGAAGGCAGAACCUUUUUUACUCUUAAAAAAAGAAGUUCAAGUUUCAAAUGGUAGGUCUCAUUCAGUAUUGUUUAGAGAUACAUUUAAGUCAUUUAGCAGACGCUCUUAUCCAGAGCGACUUACAAAUUGGUGAAUUCACCUUCUGACAUCCAGUGGAACAGCCACUUUACAAUAGUGCAUCUAAAUCAUUUAAGGGGGGGGGGGGGUGUUUAGAGAUACACUUGACUUUAAGGUGUCAUAAUUGUGACACACCGUUAAACAAAGCUGUAAAUUAAAGGGAAAUAGCUGGUAAA